AAUAUAAAGAAGAGGCAUUGAAUGAGCUCAGUAAGAAGCUCCUCACAAGCAGAAAUAAACUUAUCCUUUGGGCGAAGCUCUAGCGAUGGCUGUUCUAGCAUAUAGAUAGAAGCAUAGAUCUUACAAGAGAGCUAUAGCUCUCCCAGAAUUUGGGAGGAGCUUUGAUGUAGAGAGCCUGAAGAGAAGUGUUGAUCGCUACUACUUACAAACUAUAUUAUGGCUAUGGAGCUCCCAGGAAUUGGGAGAUUGGCCAAAGGAGUAGCCACGAAUCGAUGGAUGGUCGUGGUUGCCACCUUCUUCAUCAUGGCGUGCUCGGGCGCCACUUACAACUUUGGAAUCUACUCCGACGUCGUGAAAACCAGCAUGGGAUACAACCAAGAGACUCUCACCACUCUGGGCUUCUUCAAAGAUCUGGGAGCAAACGUCGGGAUCUUCUCGGGCCUGAUCUAUGAUCUCACUGGCCCAUGGGUCGUGCUCAUGUGUGGAGCGAUCCUCAAUCUCUUCGGCUAUCUCAUGAUCUGGCUGGCGGUGGAGCACAAGAUCAGUCCCCCCGCGAUCUGGAAGAUGUGCCUCUUCAUCUGCAUCGGCGCCAAUUCGCAGGCCUUCACCAACACGGGCGUGAUCGUGACGAGCGUCAAGAACUUCCCAAACAAUCGCGGCCUCGUGAUCGGGCUCCUCAAGGGAUACGUCGGCCUCAGCGGUGCCAUGCUCACUCUCUUCUACCAGGCGCUCUACGGCAAUAGCCCGGACAAAUUCAUCCUCCUGAUCGCCUGGUUCCCGUGCUUGAUCUGCCUCAUGUUUCUCGCGGUGAUCCGGAGGAUGCCACCCACCGGGCCCGAGCUGGCCGCGUCCGAGAAGAAGAUCUUCCAGGCGUUUCUCUUCAUCGCGCUCGCCCUGGCGGGGUAUUUGAUGAUCAUCAUCGUCGUCCAGCACCAGGUCAAAGUUCCCCGAGCUGGAUUCCAGGCGCUCGCUGCGAUCAUGCUCUUGAUUGUCAUGUCGCCGCUGGCGCUCGUUGUGAGGGAUGAGCUCCGGAAGAUCGAGCAAGAGAAAAAUCAAGAAUUGAAAGAAGGGGCUAAAACAGGGGAAGAGGCUGAAUCGAAUUCCAAGCUCGCAUUGGCAGGAAAUCCAACUGACAUUGGAUCGAUCCAACCACAUGAUCAGGAUUCAGAGCUGGAAACGAAGAGAUUCGCACUGGAUUGGAAGAGAACCGAAGGAAUUCCUGGCCCAAAACAGGGGAUUUUGCAAGAAGGGGCAAAAACAGGGGAGGAUGAUUGUUCCAAUUCCACUCCCAAGGAGCUGGAACUGGCAGCCGGCAAAGAAUCCACCCAUCCCGAGACUCUCAAUCCCGAGCCGCGCAGCAAGAAAUUCACGCUGGACUGGAAGAAAAUCCGGAGAAUUUUGUGGGAGAGGCCUGCCAGAGGCAGCGACUACAACAUCCCCGACGCCAUCUUCACCAUCGACAUGUUCUUGAUCUUCGUCGCCACCACCUGUGGCGUGGGCGGAGGCCUCAUGGCGAUCGAUAACCUCGGCCAGAUCGGCAAGGCCCUGGAUCUCAAGGUCGAUACAUUCGUAUCGCUCAUCAGCAUCUGGAACUUCCUGGGGAGAGUGGGGUCGGGAUUCGCGUCGGAGAUCGCCCUCCAGCGCUGGGGCGUGCCAAGGACCCUAUUCUUCUCGCUCGUCAUCGGGGUGGCCGCGAUCGGGCACUUGGUCAUCGCGCUCAAUCUGCCCGGCGCGCUCUUCGCUGGAUCCAUCCUCAUCGGCCUCACGUUUGGCGCGCAGUGGGCGCUCAUGUUCACGAUCAUCUCCGAGAUCUUUGGGCUCAAGUACUAUGGCACGCUCUACAAUGUGGGCGGCAUCGCGAGCCCCGUGGGGAGCUAUCUCCUCUCCGUGCGCGUUGCCGGGGCGCUCUACGACAAGGAGGCGGCCAAGGAUCGAGCAAGGAGCGCUACUGUGGGGAGAAUUUUUGGGAGAAUUUUGGCCGUCGCCAGUGCUACCGGGAACAAUUGCAAGGGCGCCCACUGCUAUCGCGUCACAUUCUUCAUCAUGGCCGCAGUAGCAGUUCUUGGCAGCGCUACUGCGCUGAUUCUCACUGUCAGGACGCGGCGAUUCUACCGCAAGAUCCACCUCAAGAUGAAAGAAACCACAUAAACCCUAAAUUUUCGAAAAACUUGUAAUAGCAAUAGCGGAGAACCCUAAAAUCAAAAAGAGAUUAUAGGGCAUUUAUUUUC